AUGUACGACUCGGGCGGGUGGGGGACUGGCGGUGUCACUGGUGUCAUGACCGUCAGCAAGGGCGACAAGUCGUGCGAGGGUCCAAACGACUCGCCAACAGACGGUGCGUUCUGGCAGGAGCCCGAGAAUGUCUCGGACAUCAAGCAGUGCACGGAAAUGGCGUUCGGGUUCACGGAGCGCGUCCCCCUCCCAGCCGGCGUAUACGGCUUCAUCCCCAGCGGCGACACAUUCAAGAUUCCCAUCCUCGACCCUCGCGCGAGCGAGACGGUGAAAUGGACGAACACUGUGCGCGCCGGAUCGCAGGUCGUGUUUGCCGUCCUCGACUCGGGCACGUACGGCGACAUGGGCUUCUUAGAGCCGAUCACGGUGGGGGAGAGCGCCCAGAAUGGCUGUCUAUCGGGCGGGAGCUACGGCACGACCUCGGCUUCGGGGCCGGUGCAGACCGGCGGCGGGUCCAGCGGCGAACUGCGCGGCACGGGCGGUAACGGCAACCCUCCUGGCGGACACGGAUCCGGCACUGGUGGUGGCAAGGGCGGGCAGGCCGGCAAGAGCAACACGGGCACAAUUGUCGGAGCCGUCGUGGGCAGUGUUGUUGGAGCGGCGUUGAUCCUCGGCGUUCUAAUCUGGUGGCUGCUCCGCCGCCGCCGCGCCGUGCGCACCAACUACGCCGUGGACCUGCACGACGAGUCGGAUGUUCCCGGCACGGGCACAAUGACCAACGCGAUGAUCACGCCCCUGACGUUCCGCCACGACAGCUCUCAGACCACAGCAAGCAUGGACGAGAAGGGCCGCUUGAUCAACGGCUCCCUGUCUUCGCCCGCCUCGCACUCGCACUCGCAGAACUUCUCCGCCCCGGGUUCGCAGGGCUACACCUCCCAGCAGCUCAGCGGCACGCACGAGGGUACCGCCAGCGGAAGCGCGGGACCGAGCGAGUUUGGCUCUGGGCCCCAGAACGAGCCCGAGAUCGACGCCGAAGCACCCUUCCGCCAGGCCGGGGCUCAGCCGCCGCCAUCCUACGACCACGUCCUCUGGGUCACGCGACCGGACGGAGCUAGAAGACUCCGCCCGCGCCAGAACCCGGACGCUCCUGCCGGAGCCCCGGGAGCGGGAGCUGGAGGAGCAGCAGUGGUCGGAGAGGAGAAGGCGCCCACGACGGGCCUGUCGUUGGUUCAGCAGUAA